AUACGUAUCACUUCAGUUUGAAACAAGUGUCUGGAGCCAGCGCACGAGCGUCCGCCGGGGGUGACCUUCAUCGUUUGUUUUUUUGAUUUACAAAGAUUGUUCUUUUUCGCAAAGAAUCGCGAGAAUGAAACAAACAGUAUUCCGUCAGUGCUUCGCGGCUGUAUUCGCUGUGUUGUUGGUGAACCACGCCGUCGCCGACGAACUGAUGUCAGGCUUUGUACAAGCGGCAACCAAAGAGGUUCUCAAAAGCUGGGUGCAGUCGCGAGCCAGAAGGAGUCUCACCGAGGAGCUCACGGCAACCGCGAGAUCACUCGGUAAUGAAAUUUCAUCUGGCGCGCAAAACGUGGCGAAAUCGAUGGCGAUGUCACCCUUCUUGUUACCCCUCUGGCUACCCCUGCUGGUCCUGGGAUCCGCUUUCUUUUUCACUAUGGUGUCGCCGCAUAUGCUGCCCUCAAUCAUCAAAACUUUCAGUCCGGUUUUACGGCAAGCGAGCCUGAUCUCCGGUUCCCUCGGCUUCCAUGAGAUAUCCCGAGCCCUCGACCCAGAUGAAUUGAAGAGGAACGUGCAGCCAGGAGAGCUCCUGGAACGCGGUCUCGACGUGAUGAGCGUCAAGGACAGUGGCUGUCGUCGCAAACUCUUCUGCGAAAUCGGCUCCUAUACUUUGGACAAGCAGCCCGCGAUGGCGAGAUUCCUGGACUUGUUCUCCGACACCAUGACCCGAGCUCUUCCCAAUUAUUCGGAGCCUCUGAUCCGGGGAUUGCACGGCACCGAAUGCGUCAAGCUAUAUAACCAGUGCGAAUAUUCGCCGUUCGGGAAGCUCCUGAACUAUUACUUUGUCUAGAUGCUAAGCGAGUGACUUGACCGAGCCUUGAUAACUAUAUGAGGAUUUGAGCUGUUUGGAAGUACAACGUUGUAGAAACUCCUCGAGAUAUCGCCGGAACUUUUUCCGGUAUUGUAAACGUGGCCUUAUGGUUUUUGAGUUUAACAUGACUAGCUAAAACAAUAAAAACUGGUGGUACCUACACCGAGCGGCAGGAUCCUCGUGACCACACAUCAUCUUUAUUUCUAUGUAUCAGCAAAAGCUCAUCCGUGGGUCUCUGUAUAUAUCGACGCGAGACGGGAGGUAAUGAAGACAAAUGUCUGUAAAUAAAAGAAAGUUUGUCCAGAGUUGACCUCCGACCUUGA